CACGCUUCCCUUAAGGAAUGAACCAGAGCAGCUUCACACACUCGGUCCUGUCUUUGGUUUUUUAUGAUUUCUCCAGCGCUGAGAGUCACAUCAUGAUUCUGUUGAUGGUUACCAGCCUGCUGCAGGAGGCGCUUGUGGCUGCAGGUGUAGCCCUGGACCCGUGCUCUGCCUACAUCAGCCUGAAUGAACCCUGGAGGAACACGGAAUACCACGUCAACAAGUCGUCCGGCGUGCCCCUGUGCGACAGCCACGUCUCGGGGGAGUGGUACCGCUUCACCGGCAUGGCCGGGGACGCCAUGCCGACCUUCUGCAUCUCCGAGAAUCACUGCGGCACCCACGCUCCCAUCUGGCUCAAAGGCAGCCACCCUCAACCCAGCGAGGGCAUCGUCACCCUGCCGGUCUGCGCCAGCUUCAACGGAAACUGCUGCCAGUGGAACGCCAGCGUGGACGUGAAGGCCUGCACCGGAGGAUACUUUGUGUAUCGUCUGCCCAGACCCUCGGUCUGCUUCCAUGUUUACUGCGGCCAUUUCUAUGAUAUCUGUGACGAGGUGGACUGUACAGCUCCAAGAUGUCCCAAGUCGGACUGUCGUUGUGGACCUGGAACCGUCCUGGGACCGGACAGACAGAUGUGCCUGGAUGUGAAUGAAUGUGAGAAGAAUAACGGCGGCUGUGCAGAGGUGUGUGUGAACACCAAAGGCUCCAGACGCUGUGACUGCGGGCCGGGCCGCGUGCUGGACGAGGACGCCCUUCACUGCAGAGAGAUAGCAGGCUGUCAUGUCAACAAUGGAGGCUGCAGCCACGGCUGCUCCUCGCUGCUGGACUCGUAUCAGUGCCACUGUCCCAGAGGGCUGGAGCUGGGAGAGGAUAAACGCACAUGUCAGGUGCCAGUCCAGUGUGAUUCCAGCUCCAUUGUGGUGUCAGUGCCCAAGGACCUUGUUGGAGGACUGGAGCUCACCUUGUCCAACUCGUCCUGCAGAGGCGUCUCUAACGGCACGCACAUCAACCUCAGCUUCAGCCUCAAGACCUGCGGCACCGUGGUGGAGGUGACCCAUGACAAGAUCGUGGGGACCAACCUGGUGACCGGCCUCCCCAGGAGCAGCCCGAGCAGCAGCCGGGACUUGAUAGUCCGCACCAGUAAGUUGGUUCUCCCGGUCACCUGCGAGUUCCCCAGAGAGUACCAGGUGUCGGACGGAUACCAGGCCAGUCUGCGCGGCUCGGCCCUGGAGCUGGCGAGCCACAGUGAGGGAGUCUUCCCCUUCGAUUUGGAGCUCUUCAAGAGCGCCGAGUUCUCCGAGCCGUACCGCACCCCGCCGCAGCUCCGCCUGCACGACUCCCUGUUCUUCGGGGUGGAGCCGAAGGAGAGGGUGGAGGGUCUGUCUGCGCUGGUGGAGAGCUGCUUUGCCACGCCGGGGCCCAAAGCUGACCAGGCCAUCAAGUAUUACCUCAUCAAAGACGGGUGUAUCUCUGAUGAAACAGUGACUCAGUACUCAUCAAAGGACCAGCUCUCUAAGCACUACCAGGUCCCUGUCUUCAAGUUCAUUGGCAAGGACAACCGACAAGUGUUCCUGCACUGCCAGGUGUUGGUGUGUGGAACUGGAGACUCCCGCUGUGCGCAGCGUUGUCUGGGACGCGCUCGCCGAGAGGUUCGGAGCGGUGAACCUCGGGAGACGCACACUCUGAGAGGAGGCCCCAUCUUCAUCCUGCCUGAGCCGUGAUGAUAACACAAAGCCACUGACGCCGCGAGAAUGAGACAGAAAACUUGAUUAUAAAAAAAUCAUCAUAUUUGCUGAGUCACAUUUAGACCGGACACACAUCAGUUCUGACUGCUCAGAAGUUUUUAGUGUAUAAUUUCAUUUAUAUUACUAAAUUGAUUUAAUGGAUUUUAAUGAACGAUUAAAUGUAUCUGCAAUGUAAGGAAAGAUUAAACACCCAGGAGCCUUGUUUUGAAAUUACAGCUUUAUAUUAAACUAUGUACACAUAGUGCUCAGGGUCCGACUUGUUAUGAGGCUUUUAUUUCAACAAAGUUAUCACCGUGCAAAAUGUUG